AUGGAUCCUGGCACUGUUGACCAGGAGAGAGAGAUUAAGCAGCUUAUCAGGAAAGCGGAGGAUACGGGCUCGCCUACUCAUCCAAUUAGAAAAGAUUGCUUAAGAAAGCUCAUUGAUGUGGCUCAUGCUUCGGAAGCGUCGUUGAAGAAGUUAGCGGCUGAGAACAUACCAAAGUUCUACAAAACCUUCCCUGAUUUGGAGGAGGAUGCUAUUAACGCCAUUUACGACCUAUGUGAAGACCCAGAGCCUAAGGUCCGCGUAGACGGUUAUUCUGCUAUUGUACACUUGUCGAAAGAACAACGCAAAUGGGUGAAGCGGAACGCUGAUGUCUUGGUGCAACUCCUCCAAGCUGAUGAACCUGAAGAGGUUGCUUCUGUGAAAAAGGCCUUAUCCUCACACGUCGACUUGGACCCGAAGGUCACAUUCGGAGUUCUAUGCGAACAGCUUGUACCCCAGGAAGAAUCUACUGACGAGGACGAACGGGCGGCUCGUGAUCAUCUCCGAUAUCUCGUCCUGACCUAUAUGACUGGCGACAUCAUGCGCUUACAGCGUCAUGCUGGCAAAGCGGAGUACGAGGACGUUCUCGUUGAGGGACUUCUGAGGGCUAUCGUCUCCGUGGGACAGAAAGAACAACAUAUCAUCGUCAAGGAUAUCCUCCUCUGCCUCCCUUCUCUGAAACCGGACCCUAACCGUACCAAUGAUGAAUUGCUGACCCGUCUGCUCACUCACGCCCGUCCCCUUCUGGAAACUGACAUGAAGCCUCAAUCGCAGCCUUGUGUACUGUCUCAACAAGUCCAGGUCCUGCUUCAGCUAGCUUUCUUCAUCUGUGUGGAACUGGAUAAGGCUAUCGGCAAUCCGAUCCGGCUCAUGCGCUUUCUCUCUGAUACGCUGAUCCCAUCUGGCUUGGAGAAAUUCACCGCCGAAUCGAAGGUCUUUCUCCUGACGCUCUUGGGGGAUACUUGGGCAGCAAGCGAGUCUACUCUCUACGACCGGGAGCGUGACUCUAUCCGCAAGCAUGUCACAGACAGCACAUCAUUCUUGCUACCUGGCUUGAUCAGAGUUCGGCCGACGGAUAGGCGCGCGUGGACAGCCACAGAGAAGCUUCUAAGUCUUUGCCUCAACCGUCUGGACAACACUCGAUGGCUCCUCAAUAGUUCUACACAUAACGCUCACGAGGAUCUCCUACGUCUUCUCGAAGAUAAAGAGUACCUAGAACAGCUGAAAGACAUUGAUACGGCCGCCAUCCGCGAACUCACCCAACGUCUACAUGAAAGAUACCAGCCACAUCCAGGGAAUAUCCGCCGUGAUAACAGACGCGAUGUUCGUUGGCGUCGUUCCCCCUCCCCGACUCCCAGCCAGAAGCGCAAGGCUGAGUUUUCCCUCCCGGAUUCGGACCGUUCCCGCCCCGCCUCUCGUCCCCGUCGCUCUCCCUCCCCUCGCCGCCGUUCGCCAUCCCCGCGCCGGCGGUCCCCGUCGCCCCGUCGGCGGUCACCAUCGCCACCUCCCCGUCGACGUUCCCUAUCACCCCCUCCUCGCAGGCGCUCUCCAUCACCCCCACCACGCCGUCGCACUCCGACACCUCCAUCUGCGCCUCUAUCGAUACGUGGUCAGUCGGCGAGGGAACGCGAACGCGAUCAACCUCCCCAUCUUCGCGGGCAACCCCCGUCUCAACCACGCAAUAUGCCACCCACGGGUCCACGGGCAACGCAGGAAAGUAAUGGGCUGAAGCGACGCGAGCGAUCUCCCCCUCGCGGUCGAGGGCGCUCACCAACUCCACCCAAACGUCCACGCAUGCAUUCACCUCCACGAGACCGUGGCCGUGAGCGCGUGAUGGAUAACACUAGGGAUCGCGAACGUGAUACUCGGGCUCGCGACCUUCCGCCUCACGUACCCCGUGCGCCCGCCGCGGCUGCGAGGGACAACGGUCGUCCGCCACCCGCUUCCACCUCAAGGCGUAGUCCGUCCCCUCCACCUACACCUGCACCUGCGCCCGCACCAGCACCAGCACCUGCAUCUGGUCCUGGGACCGUCACCGGAUGGAGUAUCAAGGGCGCCGCGACGCGCGAACCGUUGCCGCCGCAGUCGUUACUGACGAGGAUGGCGAACUUGGAUCCUGAGCCUAAGAGGAGAAAACGUGGCGGAAAGAACAAGAGGUAG